ACUCGUUCCUGUCAUGUAUUUUGAUCAUAACCUUGUAGUACUUAAAAUGUUAUUGUAGUUGUAAUAUUUUAGUUCAUUUAAUGGACAAAACAAUACAUUCAGCCCUCAAAUGGCUCUUUUUAUCGAUUUCUUAUGAGUUGAGAUGCAAGUAAUUGAAUGUUUUCUAAAGAACAGCCGUUUAUAAAGCGUUGACGCUAUGAGAUUCUCAUCCUUUUAUUUUAAAAAAAUUACAUGGGAUAUUAACUUAUGAUAAGUCCAAAUUAAUCGUAAAAAGGUGCCCAUUUGAUUAAAAUGCAGACGUACCAGAACUUAAUAACCAUUAAAUAACAUGAAUAAAAAAAAGGCUGAAUGAACUUCGCUACAUAAAAAACACGAAUCGAAGUAGUGAAAUGUUCGGCUGACUGUUUCACAGUCGGUGUUUCUCAGUCGGUGUAUUUAUGCUCGGAACGUGCGCUCUUCCGACGGCUAGAAAUAAGGAGGCGAGUUGAAAGAAAAUUCAUUUCCGUCACUAUUUUCAGUCUCGAUUAUAAGUAUAGCCUGCUUUUUUCGAAUAAAAAAUCUUAUUGUGUGCUGUUUUUAAGCGUUUCUAUCGAACAAUUCAGUUCCUGUCAGUUUGAACUUGUUUUUCACCUCAUCGCAGCAAAUAACUUCUCUUUUAUUGUGGUUUUUUGACUUUUUAUGUGGGUUUUAGCAAUGUAAUUGUGUUGUAACUGUACUCGAGUGACAGCUAGUGAGUUAUAAUGAGUUACUCUAGCGUAACGCCCCUAAUACAGGUCAUUCUAGCCUCAAUUGAAAAGGAUUUUCAAAUACUCGUCUGUGAUUGGUCAAGGGAUUCUAUUCUCUUGUUUUCUGUCUAUUCACAUCGUUCGUUACGUUGAAGCGAGCGUCUUUUCAGUCUCUGGCGGACAAACUGAUUUAAAUAUMAACGGUCAAUGACCCGUUUAAGAAGAAAGUAAAAAAAAUAACCCAACAAACUACUUGAAAAAACUUUACUGUAUCCAUUCAUCGGCCGUGUAGAAGGCUCGUGUCAAUAUUUGGUAAUGUAGUGUUCACAAGUAGRGUGUUUGAACACUGUGCUGAUUAUAACUGAUCAAACACGAGUUGGAUUGCUUGAAAUAUGGCUACAAACAUCGAAAACUCAGCUGAUGAAAAUCUUGCUGGUGAUCACAGCCAAUCAGCUCUUAAUGAUGAACUUGACAGACUUCGACGAGAAAACGAGGCAGUUAAGAAUGACUUGAACAACACCAAAAGACAAUUGGAACAUGUAAAUUUGAUAUCAGGCGGAAGUGAAUACAACAAUCUAAAAGAACAGCUUUUUGAAGUCAUGAAGAGCAAAGAAGGCUCGGAUGCUGAGAUCAAGGCCUUAAAGGUCCAGCUAGGAAUGGCCGAGGAGGCCCGGGAUGGAGCACGGAGGGAUCUGAUUGAAGCUCAUCGUAAAAUACGCGAAACGGAAGAAUCAAAGGAAUCAAUGAGAAAAGAUAACCUGUCUUUACGAAGACAUCUUAAAGAUGAGGAACUGGAACGAUCUUCGCUGGAGAAAAGCUUAGAAAGUCUACGAGAAAAGGUCAAGGAAGUUGAAAACGAGAAAUCAGAAACAAAACGAGUUCUCGACGAAGUUGAAAGYAAAUACCGCGUGAAUGAAGAAUCGCGGGCGUCGCUAUCAAACGAAAACGAAGACAUAAGAUUGCGAUACAACGAAGUUGAAGCAGAACGCAACGAAACUCGUCGAGAACUCCAAGAAGCCUUACGUCAAGUAAAGCUACUCAGUGCUGAGUGUCUCCAAGGGAAACGUGACGUCACUGACUUGAAAGAGAGGCUUGCGCAAGAAGAAAUUAGACGAGAGGAGACUCGGUACGAGGCUUAUUCGAUAAAACAGAGUAUUAUGCAUCUUGAUGCUGAACGAGAGCAAAAUAAGCAGGAUUUGGCCAAAGCACAACGAAGGGCUAAGGAACUCGAAGAUAAAUUUGCCUCAAAAGAGAGAGAUUAUGUUGCACAGAUYAAUGAACUCAAAGAAUUUGAGGAAAAAGCCAAGAAAAGGAUGAGGGAUUUGGGAGAUAAUCUUGAAACGACUACAUUUGAACGCGAGAAUUAUAGAGCACAGUUAUCAGGGAACGACGGUCGUAUCAAUGCCCUUGAAGCGCAGAUUGGUCGACUAGAAGGACUGAAACUAGACGCUGAGUAUAAACUGAGCAGCUUGUAUUCAAUUCUUAGACGUUCACUKGGUAUAAAGAACUAUCACCAGUCUCCUAUCAGCCCUAAAAAGCCGCGUAGGUCGUUUCGCUCGGUCCAGCAAAGGGAUCUUUCUUCUUCCUCUGAGGAAUCAAUGGAUGAGAUUGACCCUGACCUUGUCAAAGCAACACUGAAUGAACUUCUUCAAAACUUCCGAGAAACAGAACGAAAACGAGACGAAGCGGUAGCCAAAGUAGAGACCCUACAGCGCAUGGUCGGUGAGAUGGAAGAAGACCGUGUUUCYGUUGCUGCGAGGAUGAAAGAUCUUCAUGGAGAAAUCAACACAUUAAAGGAACAAAAAAGAACAUUUGAAGAUCAUUACAACUCUUUACAGACAACACUCACUCUUAAGGAAGAAGCAAUUCAAAAGCUUGAGCGUGACAUUAUUUCAACAACUGAAAAAACCCAGAUGCUGGAAAGCUCCCUUUCUCUCUCAGAGAACGAACGCCAUGCUCUUCAAAGUAAGAUCCGGGACCUUCAAGACAUGGAAACGAGGCAAAAGGAUGCCAAUGAUGCAUUGCGCAAUGAGUUAGAUUCUGCAUCMGGGCAUCGCAACAAAUUGGAGCUUAAGCUGACCGCACUUGAUGGUGAAUUACAACGAGUCAAGAAAUKUAAUGGAGAGAAUGAGGCAGAGACAAGAGAGCUGCGUGAACGACUGUCUCUGACGAUGAGAGAAAAACAGGAAAUAGAAAACAAGGUUGUCAACCUGGAGCUUGUYCUUGAGAAAAUGACCGCUGGUCUAUCUAAAGCAGAGAAUGAGGAAGCGAGGCUAAAGGAAAAAAUCCAGUCACUUUCCAUCUCGUUAGCAGACAGUAACAGCAGCUCGCAAAACCUGCAGGACAGAAUUCAACAAUUACAGCGUGUAAUAACGUCGAACGAUAACGAUAAGAAAGUAAGAAACGAGAAGAUUUCAAAAAUGAAAGAAASCCUGAAGGAAAACAAGAAUGAAAACAGAAUUUUACAAGAGAAGAUCCACUUCUUUGAGCGCGCGACCGAAGACUCUGAUCUCAGAAUGCGUGAUUUUGAGAAUCAGCUGAAACACUUAAAGAGCGUGUUACAGCAGAAAAAAGAAAAGGAGGAGGAGUUUAUUACCCGACUUCACGAMUUUGAGGAGGAGAAUUGCAUCUUGAAGGAACAGAAUACCUCCCUUCAGAGAGACAGCWCCUCCUUUGAUGAGGAGAAGCGGGASCUCGAAAGAACGAAUAUUCGCGUCGCUAAAGAUGUAGCGGCCUUGAAGAAAACUCUAGAAAGACUGCARAAGGAAAGACUGGGAUUCGAAGAAUCGUUUUACGAGACGUCACAAGAAAAACARAAGCUGAACAAAACUUUAGAAGAAUCGACGCGAGAAAAUCAACAACUGAAAGAACAAGUACACACGCUACACUUGAUAAUACAAGAAAUGGAGGACAAACAUGCRCAAAAUCUUGCUGAACUAACAAACCAGCAUCGUGAGCAGUUAGUACAUGAUGUCGGAAAGGCUCAUUCGGUCGUCGAGAAGACUCAGCGGUCAUUCGAGAAAAAAGAAAAAAGAAUGAAAGAUAAAACUGACAAUUUGGAAAAACAGGUUGCUGGACUGAAAUUAGAGCUACAAGCUGAACGAAGCGAACGCGAGAGACAAACGACGAAAGCCGCUGUAAAGUCGGAAGAACUUCGUGAUGUUCGCACGUCGCUAGAUAAGUCUCUUCGUACAGUCGGAGAAGAUGCGAGCAAUCUCCGAACWAUGCUGGGGAAAUCUCUUCGGAGAAUCGAUAAAUACACGGAAAGUACUCGAAAAGGACCACCCGUGACAGUGUCAGACUUGGACACCGAUCAAUCGAACCUCGACGAGGAGGUUCUUAAAGUAAACGGRAAUCAUUCGACGAAAGUCGAUCAAUCACCGAAAAACCAUUUUCGCAGAUCUUCGGCAAAUUUACGAAGCCGAAGAUCUCUCGGAAAAUCUCCGGAAAAGGUAGUUCAUCAAAAUGGUGUAGACAUAGAAGUUACGAAUGGUCAUUCGGAAGCCGAUCUCUCGCCGACGCGUCGAAUCCGACGAUCCAGAAAAUCAAUAAAUUAAAACCUUUACUAUAUAUUAAUUUUAAAAACUGCUGUACUGCGGGCAAAUCCAAUAUCUUAAUGAUAUUUUAAUGAAAUAUUAUAUAUUUCAAAAAACACUCUAUUUUGGACAUGCAAACUUACUGAAAGGAACAGAGUUUCUUUGAAAUCCAAAUGUAAAUAAUUUAUCUAAACUUUGUCAGACAACUUUGUUUAUAUGGUAUUUUUCAUGGAUGUAUUUAUACAGUUUUCUGUCACAAUCUCAGUUCUGGCUUUCAGCGAUACAUAGACUUUAAAAAAGGGGAGACUGGUCAUAGUGUGGGUAAUAUAAGCAGUGCGUUGAUUUCAAGGUGUUAAAUUAUGAUGAUGAUGAUGAUAAGUAAGUUAAUAAAUUUAUUGUAUGGAAUCAUCAUCGUUUGCGAGUGUGAACGGUUUGUUAAGGGUUGAAUGCUAUACCAAUAAAACRUACCAGUCAUGUAAUUUCCUGACAUUAAUUGAUAUUUGAUUUUUUAUAUUCGUGAUUUGCUUAAGUAAUGCUCCUUUUGAUGKCAAUGUUAGUCUUUGCGAUUGUCUAUUUGAUUUGUGGGUACCCUGUGUCCUUUYCUACUGAUUUCCCCCUUUACCUUAUAUUCUUUGUAUUAGAUAAAUGACAUACUAUUUAUUUUUGGUACCAGGACAAAAUCAAUGAUCAAGAUACCAAACUAGCGGUGUGAGCUGAAUCGAUUUUUAUAUACAUGAUCAUACAACAUUAAGCAGAAACCGUUUUCCAAUAACAAAAUCGAUAAUGAGAUUGUGUUGCGCGUUAUUUCAGGAUGAAAGAGAAUCGAAAAUAAUAACAUGCUGAUAGGGUUGUGUGAAGAACAUGAUUUUGGCAUUCGGUAUUAAUUUUAAGGUUUCUUUCGUGUCAACUAUUUUCAUAAUGUGUUUAUGAUUGUGUUACUUUGAAAGAGCUUGAAAAUCACAAGUAUACGUCAACAGUCUUCCAUUGGCUSAUGACCUUCGCAUCUACAAACGGUUUGUUUGAUAUAUUAUUAUGUACUUUCUGUCUACAAUGAUUCCUCCGUUACUAAGGUAAUCCAUAACAAAGCGGACGACUGUAGUGCAUUCAAAAGUGUUAUGAGCUGAUCAAUAUUAAUUUUCAUUUCGUAAAACCGUAAAGAGAAACAUGAUAGCUUGAUAUCAAGUGACUGGACUGAGAUCUUUGAAGAAAACAACGCCAUAAUACACGAAAUCUUUAGAUCCAUCAGAAUAACGAUAAUCUUAUUAAUGUCAACAAUAUGGAAACUACACAAAUCUAAAAACAACAUUAUCUAGAAGCUGGUGAAAUGUCGCAUGUUAUGGCAAAGACAGAAGAGCGCGAACAUCGAAAGACUAUAUCAAACGAGAAAAAAAGAAACGAGCAAGCGGUCAAGCUACCACGUAUAGAUAACAAUGAUACAAUAAGCCUAAUUAACUCGCAGUCUCUACAAAACCAGGCCGGUUUAUUCGAUAAUUCAGAUGAAUACGACUUUUGUCGAUCAGACGAAUAUCGACCGUCGUUGAAUCGAUGGGAAAGCGACGAGUCGAUUGAGUUUCAAGAGGAAACAAUUGCUAAACUCCGUCAUUUAGCAGCGACGCUAGGCAUCAGCCAUGGCCGCUAUCGAGGAAAAUGUACCAGGAAUUCACGAUGUAAACCAGUUCAAGAGAGUUUUGUUAAUGGAUGGUGGAAGCAAAGCAAAAAAUGGAAAAAACAUAACGAAGAGACAAAGAUAUCUCACCAUCACCAUGACAACCGUAUGGGWCAAUGUACCGGACAGUAUAGAAUGAAACGAAAUCCCGUAGUCAAUGUACCGGGUAUCGGAUGUUCGUAUAGACUACCUGUAGUAAGAAACAAGUUUGUUAAGUAGUGUAGAUUGAGUAUGAAACAGAGUAAUUUUUGAGAAAUGMGUAUUAUGUUAUUAACUUUUAUUGUUAGUUGAAAUUGUAUAUUUUAUAUAAUAUAUUAGUUUGG